UUUUUAUCUAUCAAAAGCAACGAUCUGUGAAAACAAGCAAUCGACAUCAAAAUGAGUGUUGCACAAGUUUCCCUCCCCCUCCCAAUCCUUCCAUCCGGAUGGGCUGCGGACAAGGAUUUCAAGGCCGUCGGCACUGUGUCCCGUGCCAAUGACCGCAGCAUUGAGCCUGUCGGCCCACACUUCCUGGCCCACGCCCGUCGUGCCCGUCACAAGCGCACCUUCUCUGAGGAUGACCGCAUCCAGGCCCAGAACAGCGUGAAGAAGGUUGAGGAUGAUGAUGCUGGUGAGAUCAGUGAGCCUGAGGACCCAUCCAUGCUCCUCCGUGAUGCCAAGGACUGGAAGCAACAAGAUCACUACGCUGUUCUUGGUCUUUCCAAGUACCGCUACAAGGCUUCUGAGGACCAGAUCAAGCGCGCCCACCGCAAGAAGGUUCUCCGCCAUCACCCAGAUAAGAAGGCUGCCGCUGGCUCCACCGAGGAUGACAGCUUCUUCAAGUGCAUCCAGAAGGCCACCGAGGUCCUCCUCGACCCCACGAAGCGUCGCCAGUUCGACUCCGUCGAUGAGCGCGCCGAUGUCGAGCCCCCGAGCAAGAAGAAGACCCAAGCCGGCAACUUCUACAAGCUCUGGAGCCCCGUCUUCAAGGCCGAGGGCCGCUUCUCCAAGACCCAGCCAGUCCCCAGGCUUGGUGACGAGAACUCCACCAAGGAGGAGGUCGAGACCUUCUACAACUUCUGGUACAGCUUCGACUCGUGGCGCUCAUUCGAGUACCAAGACGAGGAUGUGCCUGAUGACAACGAGAACCGCGACCAGAAGCGCCACAUGGAGCGCAAGAACAACAACGCUCGCAAGAAGAAGAAGGUCGAGGAUAACGCACGCCUGCGCAAGCUGCUAGAUGACGCAUCCGCCAUGGACGAGCGCAUUAAGAAGUUCCGCAACGAGGCUAACGCCACCAAGAACAAGAAGAAGAUCGAGCGUGAGGCUGCCGAGAAGAAGGCCGCUGAGGAGGCUAAGGCGCAGAAGGAGGCUGAGGCCGCGGCUGCACUGAAGGCUGAGGAGGCCGCCAAGGCCGAGCGCGAGCAGGGCAAGAAGGCUAAGGAGGCCGCGAAGAACGCUGUUAAGAAGAACAAGCGUGUCCUCAAGGGCUCAGUCAAGGAUGCCAACUACUUCGUCUCUGGCGAUGCCCCGGCCUCUGCUAUUGACGGCGUGCUCAACGACGUUGACCUCAUCCAGGGCAAGAUUGACGCCGAUGAGAUUGCGGCUCUUGCUGGCAAGCUCAACGGCCUCAAGGUCGCUGACGAGAUCAAGGGCGUCUGGUCUGAGGAGGUUAAGAGGCUCGUUGCUGCUGGCAAGCUCCAGGAGGGAGAGGCCAAGACUCUUGCUUAGAGGUCAUAAUGCUCUGAUACUUGCACUGCUGCUGUUUGCACUGGUUUUGCUUAGCGAAUGCCAGAAGUUACUGGAUGAAACAAUGGUCACGUUGUGAAGAUGAUACGAUAUCAGAUGAGGGGAUGACUUUAGAUUAGAUUGUGUAGAUGGAUGUUUCAUAUACAUUUCCUAACAAUAGAGCCUCUUCAGUUGUAUAUUUUUGUCUAUAUUAGAGCCCGGUGGAUGACCCUCGUAUGGUUGGUUAAAGGCGAACGGGUAUCUUCGUCUAUCCGCUUUGCUUAGUCUUACAUCUAUUUACAAAUAUUCCG